CCGGUCGGGCUCUCGCCAGCGGCCGCGCUAUAAGAAGCGGAGCGGGCGGCGGGGCCGCAGCGGGCGCGGCGGGGGAACGAGAUGAGCAGCGCCGGCGCCGCCGCUGCAAGAUGCUGGAUGGACACGUCCUGCUGGGAUGGCUCUUCUCCUGCGCGCUCCUAGGGCUGCUCGCCUGCGCCCCGCGGCCCUCCGCCGCAUACUUCGGGCUGACGGGGAACGAACCCCUGACCAUCCUCCCUCUGACCUCAGAAAUGGAGGAAGCUGCCGUCAAAGCCCACUACAAAGUCUGUGACCGCCUGAAGCUGGAGAAGAAGCAGCGCAGGAUGUGCCGUCGGGACCCCGGCGUGGCGGAGACCUUGAUGGAGGCGAUCAGCAUGAGCGCGCUGGAGUGCCAAUACCAGUUUCGCUUUGAGCGCUGGAACUGCACCCUCGAGGGUCGCUACCGGGCCAGUUUGCUAAAGAGAGGUUUUAAGGAGACAGCCUUCUUGUACGCCAUCUCCUCCGCAGGACUGACCCACGCCAUGGCCAAGGCAUGCAGUGCGGGGCGGAUGGAGCGUUGCACCUGUGAUGAAGCCCCUGACCUGGAGAACCGCGAGGCUUGGCAGUGGGGUGGCUGUGGUGACAACCUGAAAUACAGCAACAAGUUCGUCAAGGAGUUCCUGGGGAGGAAGCCCAACAAGGACCUGCGAGCCAGGGUGGACUUCCACAAUAACCUCGUGGGGAUGAAGGUCAUCAAAGCUGGAGUGGAGACAACCUGUAAAUGUCACGGUGUAUCUGGAUCCUGCACUGUCCGAACGUGCUGGAGGCAGCUCUCUCCAUUCCAUGAAAUAGGGAAGCAGCUGAAGCAGAAGUACGAGACAUCGCUCAAAGUGGGCAGCACUACCAAUGAGGCCACGGGGGAAGGAGACAUCUCCCCACCCAAGAAGUCCAUCCCUGGUCACAGUGAUCAAAUCCCAAGGACUACGGAUCUUGUCUACAUUGACGAUUCCCCGAGCUUCUGUAUGAUGAGUAGAUACUCGCCUGGGACUUCGGGAAGGAAAUGUUACAAAGACAAGAACUGCGACAGCAUCUGCUGCGGGCGAGGGCACAAUACGCAGAGCCGGGUGGUCACCCGUCCGUGCCAAUGCCAAGUCCGUUGGUGCUGCUAUGUGGAAUGCAAGCAAUGCACCCAGAGAGAAGAGGUUUACACCUGCAAAGACUGACGCGUCUUCUGCUUGAUGGCAACCCUUGGUGACGGGCGAUGGCGAUCUAUGAGAACUACAUAUGGAGACAAACAGGGUUUGAUUGACCUUCUGGGAUCUGAAAGCUAUGUUGAGACAUAAGCACUUUGUAGGGUACAGGUGACCCAGCUGUGUUGCUGUUUUGUUUUUGUUUUGUUUUCCUAUAGACUGAAUUUUAAUGAGGUCCAACCAUGUGGAAAUAAGUGCCUGUCACACUGGGGUUAGACACCAGUUGACCUUCACCUUAGUUGUCUACGCAGUUUGAUGGAUCAUUUAUCCUUGGAUCAUCUUGAUCGUUUUACCAAACCUCCAUGGACUCCUGGGCUAAUAUAUUAUCUUAUAACCUAUACUGUAUUCCUGGAGCUUACCCAACUGCUUAGAGAACUAAGCAGAUACAAAUCAAAGAUCUUUCUGCUUUGAAUGCCAUGGUACAGGAAGUGAUCAAAUUUUUUCCCCUUCUAAAACUGGAGAGAAGCGUGUAGGGUGAGCAGGAAUAGCCCUGAUGGUUCCUCUCAUGGAGUUUCUGCACAUUGAGCAAACAAGGCUCUGACAAAGAGACCCACUGGGAGGUUAAGCUUUUAACAACAGCUCCAUAUCCACGUGAUUUGAGCACCAAAUACAGCCCCAAAAAUGUUGGGUCCACCAUGUUGCAGACAGAAAUAUAUCCAAGAAAGAGGUUGGGAAGACAGUAGAAAAUCAGAUAUGCCUGUCCCCUUCAGUCUAAUCACGUGUUCUUUUUUUAAAACAUCUUCUUUAGAUGCCAUUUCUUUAGCACUAUUGCUGUCUUUUUUAUUUUUUUUUUUUUUUUUAAAGAACCACUAGAUAAUUUUGUUUUAUUUUUCAUGAUUCAUUUUCUUUUUUCUUCUCUUCCCACCUUCUGUUGAUCGAAUUCACCCUGUGGUAACUGCUUCAGAAAGCUGAACUGGAACUUUUUAGUCUUAUGCCAGCUGAAUUCGGACGUGUGUUUCUGGGUAGGACAAGAGAAAUUCAAGUGCAUCUUGGAACACAGUGCUGUCUUGCGUUGUAGAACAGCUGUCUCGGACUGGAUCAGACAUCUGGAGGAGCUGACUUUUCUUUUACUAGGUCAUCAUUCCAUUUACUCUAAGCCAUGGCAGUGGUACAUGACACAAGCUGUAUGUAAACCCUAUGACCUUAGGAUUUAUUUUUUAACCACUAGAUCAAGAACUGUAUUUUUAAAAUACAACUGCUAACCCAUUAUUUGAUUCGGAACAACCAAUUGAUGCAGAGACAAACUAUCAAGUGGCCAGAGAAGCCAGAAUUUGACUGCAGUGGUAGAUCACUCUGAUGCUGUGAAAUCAAUGACAACAUUCAGCAUUUCUCUUUUUCCUUUGAAGAGGACACUUACAAUCCAGGACUUGAUGCAGCAAUAUCCUUCAGUCAUUUAAAAGUGGAUUUGAAGCAGCCAGCGAAUGCCUCAACAAAGCUUUCUAAGGAAACACUGGAGAGCAGAGGGCAUUUUAUUUCAAUUUUCAUUGAUAGCAAUUUUUGAUUGUCCGGUAGUAGCAAUUUCCACCAUUUUUUCAUAAGCCAUUGAUCUGGUUCUUACAAGAGAAAAGCUGGAGUUUUUCAAGCAGUUGUAGAUGUUAGCCAAGCAAAAAGAGAGCAGUUUUCCAAGAUGGACCAGUAUUUUUCAAUGUGUUUUUUGGUUUUUGUAUUUUUUUUUUUCUUUAUGUUCCCCCCCCAAAUAGUAGCCACUAAUAUAUAAGAUGUUCAUGUGCAUCUACUGGGAGGAGAAAAGAUAUUUUUUCUUUUUUAUUGGUAACAAAUAUCCACAGUCCAGCUUGGCUCAUCGGCAUCAAACCUUGAGGUGGGGGUAUGGUAUACUGUUAACAGCCCUAUGGUCCUGCAAAGUGAAGCGUACUGUCUCUUUUUUUUAUGUUUGCUUAUUUGCUGUACAAUUCUGGAGGUCGGGGUAGCGCUGGAGAAGGAGGAAUCCACACGUGGUGUUUGUCCCACCACGACAAAUACGCGGUGGUGCUUUCGACGCAGAACGUUCGCAGGAAGGUCUCGCAGCUUCUGGGAGAUGCACCUCUCUGAAAGUCACCUGCAAGCAGUUUAUCUAAUGGUUUAGAAAGUAAACUGACUAGAAACCUAUUAUUCAGUGUGUGCGUGUGUGUAUAUAUAUAUACACAUAUGCAGACACAUAAAUAUAUAUAUAUAAAUAUUAAACAAACAUUUAUUUAUUGUAAAGCCCUUCAGAAGGACCUUCUUAUGGUUUCAAUGUGGUAUUAUGUUAAAUUCUCUUUCUCCCUCUGUCUCUCUCACACAUAUGUGCAAACUCACUGUUACAUUUUGUGUGUGUGUGUUAGAAUAGCUCUUCCCCUCCAAAGUAAGGCCAGAUCCAAAUGUGCUCAAAACAUGAGGAUUUUUGGGUCUGAAUUACUAUUUCUGGCUCCAUUCUUUAAAAAAAAAAAAAAAAAAAAAUUCUUAAUUAAAGAAGGGGCCGCAAUUUAUGUGCAUUAUUACUAUAAUUAAUUAUUGUUGUUAUUAUUAUUGUUAUAUUUAAACCAUGGGCCUCAUUUUCCUUCUUUUCACUGGUGUCUCUGUCUCCGUUGACCUCGCUGGAGUAACUCCACAUUGCACUGGUGUGAGAGGAGAAUGAGUCCCUAGAUGCAGAAGAGAGGGCAGCGUUGGCAUCGAUACAAAAAUGGGGAGAAAAUGCCUGGGUUGGAUGGUAUGGGGUACUUUGGUGUGUUUGGUAACUGGGUGAAGAGAGAUUUGGGUGGGCAGUAAGGCAGACUUGUCAAAGCUUGACUAGAAGAAAGCGGCAAAGAGUGAAUGAACUACUGAGUGAAAGAGCUCUUCUGUAUAUUAUAACUCACGCACUGAAGCCUGGAUGCUUUCUGUAAGUAUUUAAAAAAAGAAAAAAAAAAACACCACAAAAAAAUUGUAUUUAUGUUAAUGUGGAUAUAUUACUUGCCUGUUAUAUAUUGUAAAUAGCAAGGUUUAUUCUCCUGUGGUUAAAAAAAAAAAUUAUAAAUAACUAAAUAGUAGCGAGGCACAUGUGUAAAAUGUAUAGGCAGUGUAUAAAAUAUACUAACACUCUGAAAUCAGGAGAACUUGUCUUCUUGGCCUUUUGACCUAGGGUGGUAAAACAUAUGUGGGUUAUUUUUCUUCUUCUUCCCACCACAUUGUUCGUGUUUUGGGUGUGGGGGGGUGUUUAGUUCCAUCGUUUUCUGAUGUUUGCCUUAUCUUUGAAGAAAGAAUGGGGGGAAAAGCCUCAUUUUGGAAAAAUCCAGUGAAGCUUGAGUAGAAUGAAACAAGAAGCAGCUGGUAGAAAAGUUGUCAAACCCUCUCAAAACCUGCUCAAGAUCUUGACCUGGGUUUUAUGGUGUUGGUAGAUGUGUGUUGGAAUUGAGUUAACCUGUGGAGCAGGAGCUUCUGCUUGUGCUGCUCCAUACAUGAGUUAAGAAAACUGUAGAUAAGAGGCCCUGGAGUCCUUUAUAAAGCAUUGGGUAGUGUCUUGUAAGAGUUUUUUUUGUUCCAGCUGUAUGAAAUUGGAUUUUUCCAGAGAGGCUGAUUCUACCACCAUUCCAUUGGAUCUCCAGUGCAAUUCAAUGCAAUUGCUAAUUUUUGUAGAACUUCUACAAGAGUAGAUUUGGAUCCCUGAAUCUUUCAUAGUGUCACUUCAUUAAAAAAAAAGUGCAAAGCAACUUUUUCCCUUUUUCUUACCCCCAGAGAAACAGGUUUUUACAGCAGAUGUAACUGGAGAAGAGUGGAUGGGUGUGCAGGAGGUCUCUGCUUUCUGAUUCCCUUUCACCCCUUGUCCCCCCAAAAGUGUCAAAGUGUUGGUUCUCCUAAGCUGAUCCAGCAAGACUUGCAAGAUCAGUUUUGGGGUGGGGGGGUGCAACCAUUAUUUAUAUAACUUUUUUAUUAAUUUUUUUAAAAGAGAAGUUAGCUGAUGGAAGAAUAUUUUUUAUUGAAUAGUGCAUUUAGUUAUGUCAGAAAUAUAAAAAAAAUAUAUAUAAUAUUUUUGUAAACAAGGCAAACUGAAAAUGUUUGCUGUUUUAUAUUAGAAUUUUCUAUUAAAAGAAAUAAAACCCCACACAAAUAAUUGUUGCACCCGUCAUCUGUUUUUCAACAAGCUUCUAUUCUGUGUGACUGACUCAUAUAUGCCGGAUGCGGAGACAUGCAAAACAAGUCCUAAACAUUUCAUUCUCAUUCUCUCAAAGCUCUCAAAAGAUUGAAGUUGGUAAAACAAGCCAAAUCAAAGGGGCUUUUUUUAAUACUAAAAAUGAGUUAUGAAAAACAAGUGGCUUGUCAUUAAAAUACAAAAGCCUACCCUGAAAAUUCAAGCUAACCCUUUUUUAGUUGCACGUCCUGGACUUGAGAUGGCUCUGGAUGCAGGAAAUCCUAAAUCUAUUUAUAAUAACUAGAUAUUUGGUGUUAAUCUCUGUUGGCCUGGGAAGAAUAACUCCUAUAAGGUUAUUGGGGAGAAAAAAAUAAUUUGAUUACAUGAGAAGGUUUAAUGAAGAGGACCAAAUUCCAGGCUUGAUCUAACACAAGAAUCUUUUGUCUAUUUGAAUGGGGCAGUGUAAAACUGUGGAGCUGGGAACUUGGUCUGCUGUGGUUCAGGAAGCCUCUUGUUCACCUUUUGGAAGCAGGAGAUGAGUUAUGGACCAUCUGUUUUCAAAAGAGUUUUUGGGAUUGCUGGGUUUGAAAUAAUUUUGGGGUAUUUUUUGUGGCCAACCAGCUCGUACACAUCUGCCUCCCUUCAGCACAGGUCUUGAAUUUCUUUAUUAAUAAUUUUUCAGCUGUCCUAUUUUAGCCAAAAUAUGUUAGGUUUGUUUGGCUGUAGUAGGGCUGGAUGAGAACCCAGACGAAGGGACAGAUUUCUCAAGGGUACUUUCAUGGAGUAGAUGCUGCUUGAGGUAAUUUUCUGGUGGAUUAUAGUGCCUGUGAAAAAUUCCUCCGUUGAUGUUGCAGUAAAAUUAGGUCUGUUCUGUACUCGAUAAAACAGGUGCAGCAAAGCUUUUCAUUCCCGGUUUAUUUGGCUCUGCUUGCACAUCUGUUGUGUUGAGUCUGCCUUCCGUGGUCAUCUCGUCCUGACUUUCAGUUUUCAGGGUGCUAACUAGGUGAUGACUUUUGGAGAGCAGCAUUUUCCUGUAAGAGAAGUAGUACCUUUUGUUGACUAUUACUGCUCGUGUCACUUGAAGGAGGCUCAGUAUGACACAUUAUCAGGCCUGUAGAAAUCUGAUGAUUGCUUACGUCAAGCUUAGGGCCAUGGGUAUUACCAUCGAGUAGCUUUCAGGUUUAUUUUUCACUUAUGAACGUUGCAUUUGACCAAACUAUUUACAUGUUCCAGGAAACAAUAUUUCUGAACAAGACAAACAAACAAAACAAAAAAGGGACUCUCUAGUAUUUGUGAGUGUGGAGGAAAAAGCAAAUGGAUAUUGCAAGCACAAUUUAGCUCUGGCAUCAUGGUAAGGCUUCCCAUAACCACACUACUUCAAGGUCAGGGAGUGAGCGCGGUAGAAGUUAAGACAGUAAAUGCUUUAGACGUAUAAAAUUCAGUAGGUUAUCAGUGGACACACCUGAACAAUGCAUUUUUUCUUGUUUGUUGCUGUCUGUUUUCAGAAAUGGGCAAAACCCUUCUCAGCAGCAUUGAGCAAGGUGGCUUAAAGGGACAGCAGAUUCCUCCUUCACUCUGUCCUUCCAUCACAGGGUUGCUCAGGAAAUUUGGGGGAGAUGCUGACACGCUUGGCAUAGUGGGGCAUUUGCAAUGGACCUUGAUUUGUUCCCUCUUAGAUAAGAAAUUCGCAGUCUGCAACCAGUGUAGGCACCUCUAGAAGGUGUUUUGGCCCAUGUGGAGGUGCCAGUUUCUUCCUGUUGAAAACAGGAGAGGAUAAAGACAUAGACACCCAGGUUAAUAGAGGUUGGGAUGAAUUCAGGACUAAUCCAGGUAUGUGUGGAUAGCCCUACCAGCUCCCCUCAGGCACAGAGCCACCUGAAACAGCAAACACCAAACUAGCACAGGAAAUUUUCCCUGGUUCCACCCCAGUCUCUAAAAAUGCCCUUUGAGGCCUGAAUGUAAAGUCUAGGAUUUGUUUUGCAUGCUUAGGAUGGCAUUUCCUUUUAAAGGGAGGUGGGAAUACUAACAUGAAGGAUUAGUAUUUUUCUUUAUUUUUUUUUUCCUAAUGUCUUAUGGGAGCCUAAGUUAUUUUUCUCUACCUCAUAUGUACAGCUUGUAGGUAUAAAUCUGAUUCUGAGUGACUGUUGAGAAUGUAUUUAAGUUAUUUAACAUCUUUGUAUAACAAAAAAAAAAAAAAAAAACAGAACAAAUGAAACAAUAAAUGUAUUUUAAAUUAUA